CAUGAAAGAGUCUUUUUUUAAGGUAAAUUCUUAUUUUAAAAAAGCCACAUUAUAUUCACCGCCAUUCAAAACUUGCAAUAGAAGGUGUACUUCUUCAGUCACUGCAGCUUGUAAACCAUCACAAAUUCGACUCAUUCCAAGGUACACAGUGAGAGAACUGAUUUCCUAGCUUGUCUGCACUCACUGUGGCAUUAUUGGACUAAGCAUAGAAAGAUAGUGGGAUGACCUUACUUGGCUGAGAGCACAGCUUCUCACAUUUUAUGCUGAUUUGAUCUGAAAUGUUGCAAUAAUGAGGUUAAAAUCUUCAGACUUCUGGGCCCAGACCCAAGCUAGUCACAGUCCAAACAUACAUCUCCUUGAAAGUUGUUUCAUAAUAAAGGAUUUUUUUUCAGGGAGAGGGAGUUUAUAUAUUUGGAAGUAAAUGCUCUUGUUGAAUUGAAGUUGUAUUUGAGAAGCCUGCAGGCCUGCAGCUCGGCGCGCAAAGGAUGUGCCUCUUUUAAAUAUUUGCACAUGGAAAGUAUGGUUGUCAUCGGGUUGCUAGACAACUUGCGAAGCCAGUAGAGCUAGUCUGUUUAAAUAGCAGCAGGGUAAAUAUUGUUCUUGAAUGAGCACAUGAAACAUACACCGAGUCAUAUUUGUAAGGAGCCUGGACUCCACCUGAGCAGAGACAUUUUGGUUUGUGUGCGUAAAAGCUGUCCAAAAGGUGAGCGCCAAGCCGGGCUGUGGGAUUUACCCAGAGUGCUUUCUUUCUCUUUUUUCUGCUUUUUUUCCUGCGGCAUCUAAAUAUAAGUCGGUGACAAAUAGUCCAAAUACAGUAGCAACCCAACUGUGAUGUGGGGGUGGCGCUGAGAGAGCAGCUCCGUCUCCAGAGUCCGUCGGCAGAAGGUCGCAGAGAGCCGCAGCACCGCGCCUCUCCUCUCCUCUCCGCUCCGCUCCGUGUGACCAUGAAGAGACAAAACGCCCGGACUCUGGUCCUGAUCGUCAGCAUCCUCACCUACCUGAUGGUCGGAGCCGCCGUGUUCGAGACGCUGGAGUCCAAGCAGGAGAAGAGCCACAAGAGGAAGCUCGAUGCCAGAAAGUUCGAACUCAUGCGCAAAUACAACUUGACCAAAGACAACUUCGAGGAGCUGGAGCACGUCGUCCUGCAGCUCAAACCGCACAAAGCCGGGGUCCAGUGGAAGUUUGCGGGAUCCUUCUACUUCGCCAUCACUGUGAUCACGACCAUAGGUUACGGCCAUGCGGCGCCGAGCACCGACUCAGGGAAAGUGUUCUGCAUGUUCUACGCCCUCUUGGGGAUCCCGCUGACCCUGGUCAUGUUCCAGAGUCUGGGCGAGCGGAUCAACACCUUCGUCAGGUACCUGCUGCACCAAGCCAAGAAGUGCCUGGGGAUGCGUCACACCGAGGUGUCCAUGGCCAACAUGGUGACGGUGGGCUUCUUCUCCUGCCUCAGCACCCUGUGCGUGGGCGCCGUGGCCUUCUCCCACUACGAGGGCUGGAGCUUCCUGCACGCCUUCUACUACUGCUUCAUCACGCUCACCACCAUUGGCUUCGGGGACUACGUGGCACUGCAGAGGGACGACGCCCUGCAGAACGACCGCCGCUACGUGGCGUUCUGCUUCGUCUACAUCCUCAUGGGCCUGACAGUGAUCGGGGCCUUCCUCAACCUGGUGGUGCUCCGCUUCCUGACCAUGAACGCCGAGGACGAGCGGCGGGACGCCAAGCAGAAGGCCCUGCUGUCCGCCGGGAAGCCCAGAGGGGAGGUGGCCCGCCUGCUGCCGGUCUCCACCUCCUCUACCCCCGUAGCGGACGAUGCUACCAAACCUAAAGAUCUAAAAGGCGUGUACACUGAGGUGUUGCACUUCCAGACUAUUUGCUCAUGCUUGUGGUACCGCAGCAAGGAGAAGCUGCAGGGCUCCACCAUGAUCCCUCAGGAGCUGACCUUCUCCGACGCCUACCUGCAGCAGAGCAGUCCUCACUACGUGGAGCCCGGAUCCAGCGGCUGCGUUUGCAGUCCGCGGCAGUGCACGAGCAUCAGCUCCAUAACCACGGGCCUCCACAUCCUCUCCCCGUUCAGCCUGUUCAAGAGACGCAGCUCCGUCUAGCCUUGUUUCUCCACGGCACACUGCAGAUGUCCAAACUGCCAAGUGGACAACAGAUACUUGGCAGUCGGCUCAGCAAAGACACGACUGCAAGUAGAUGUUUGUGGUGCUACAAAUCCCAGUAAUCCAACAGUAGGCUGUAAGGCGCAAAAAGAGGGGGAAAAAAGCACAUGCAGUACUGUAAUCUAACUCAAAUGUGUGUGUUUGAGAGAGAAAAGAUGUUUUUAUUUUAAUCUUCUGUCACCUGGGGAGAUUCAAGCAGCUACACAGUCAAAAAUCAAGAAGAAAUCUGCAGUAAAUUCCAGUUUUUUUGUCAACAAUCUCAGAGGUGCUGAUUCAACUCAGGGGUUCUUCCUUGAACUCAUGAUCAUAGCAUUCCCACCCGGCCUCAUGUAAAUCGCCUUAUGCUCGCCUCAAAAAACUUAUCUAACAAUUCGUGAUUGUUGAAACUUUCGUGCAGCUGACGCGCUACUUCACAUGACUCACAUGUGCAGCUGCCCCUGUUAUUGUCGCUUUCAGUGCUCUCUGCCCAAAUCUCUGCUGCUGCAUCAGUCACAAACACAGCCCGAUUAUGUAACGCGACAAGUGGAGAAGUUCAGGAAAAUCACGAUGACAUAUCCCCAACAUGGUUAAACAGCAUUCUGUGAUCAUAAGUAGACACUCAUCAGGGUUUGUUGUACAACUCUGCUUCAAAAAUGAACAAUUCAACAACUGAGAACACAGCGAGCUUCACCGCCUUCAGGUUUACUGCAGGGUUACAGUGGAGUCUCUGUUAAUUUGUCCACCCCUGUAGCUGAUGGUCGGUAAGUCGCAGAAAGUGGUCGCUUCCUGAAGUUUCUGUCAAUUUAGAAAAGUGACAUAAAAGCCUUUUUGCCAAGGGUUAGAUGAGAAUAUCAAGUCAUGUCUGCACUGUAAAGAAUUAACUUUUUAAAACAUUUUUUAGCUGUUAUCUUACGGAUUUUCCCUGUUUUAGUAAAUUGCAGAUCAUAUCUAGUAAAACCACAGAAAGAAAAGCUUAGAUUUACAAGUUAACCAUACAAACGGGCCAAAACUGACAUCAAAAAUCUGUAUUUUUACAAACUGUAGUUUAUUCUUUUACAAUAUUUGAUUGUCAAAUCAUUUUAUUGGAUUUAAAACAGCCAAAAAUAGAACUGCUUUGGAACAUUUUUAAUAUAAUGUAAUAAAAUUGGAAUAUUAAGUAAAAAUAUGGGGAAAAAAUAUUUAUUUUCAUUAAAAAACAGAUUACAACUUUAAUGUUGACAUCACAAAUCUGCUUUUGUUGUUUUUUGCAAAUUUUUUAAAAAAAUUACACAGUUUUUACUGCAUUUAAAUAGCCAAAAAAAAUCAUUGUUUUAAAAAUAUCUGCUAUUUUUUUGAAAGAAUAUUUAUUUAGUGUAAGGACAGAAAAAUGUCAGAAUUUUUUUCAGCUGCCAUUUUACAUAUUUUUCCUGUUUUGCUGAAUUACCAACAAUAUCUAGUAAAAUUACAGAACAAAAUAUUAAUUAACAUGUUUAUCUGAACCAUUGAAUUAUUUGCAGAUUAUUUUUUAAAAUUAAUUUAAUCAUUAUUUGGUCUGUAAACCAACAGAAAACAGCAAGAAUCAUCACAAUUUGUUUUUGUUACCAGGCUCGUUGUUUUUCUCUGUUUUUAGCCUUCAUGCUAACCUAAGUUAACCAGCUGCUAGCUUUAGCUUCCCAUUCAGAGCACAUUUUUCCCCAAAGUCUCUUUACUGGUUUUGCCACAGAAAACAAAAACAUUUGAAAAGUUCUAUUAGCAGGUGGUUGUCUCUUACAAACCACAGACUCACCAUCACCAGUUCAAACCAAGAGAAUUGAAGUUGUCCUAACAUUUCCCAAAGAUGCUCAAGCCAACUGAGAUGUGAAGAUUCUUGAUUCUUUUGCCGCAGUUUUAAAGUUGUGUCUCGAUAAAGUGUUCAUCCAGCAGAUGACUUCAUCUAAAAACCAUGAAUUCUGUUUUGUUUUUGUGUGAGUUUAUGAUUAGAUGAGUUAAUUAGGAACCUUUAGACACUAAACUGACCUCCUUUUGGCUACAGCUCCACAUUUAAUACACAAAUAUGAGAUUCAUAUCAAUUCUCUUGUCAAAUUCUCAGUGUUUCCUCCUACAAUUUAAAAACCUUUCACCUCCCAACCUCAGACCCUCAAACAUGGGUCAUGAUUAUCCAUAAAGCGUUCAUGUUUGGGCUGUGGAUCUCCUGAUUUUCUUUCCACUCUGCUAGUUUUGACCAAAUGGACUCCACUGGCUCCACAGAACUCACUGACUCAUCAAACACAACACUGCAGAUCAUUCAGAUACGAAGCGUGCUGAGCUUUUCCAAAUCACAUAUGGAUCAAACAGUACAUGCAAAACUAUUUUGGGUGCAGCUCGGAGUGACAGAUGGGAGGGAGGUUACCGAUGGGGUACAAUGGAUAAUGAGCUGGUUGUCAAUCUCAGACGUUAAUGUCACAAUAGGCUGAGUCUGGGUGAUUGAUGGAGACGGAAAAAAUCCUCCCUCAGCGAGUAUUUCAUGUGUAUUUCGGCCUGUUUUGACACUCAGUGAUGAAUUUGUCUGUGGGCGACUUGAUGUGACGUCACGCUCGGAUUAUUUCCAGCAGCUACAACCGAGUUUUAACCCUGAAGAUAUUACUGAGAAGCCCAACAGUGAAUUAAUCUUGAAACAACAGUUCAACAAGUAGGUCAGUUAGAGAGCAGGUAGAGUUACACCGACAGUAGUAUCGCGCUGGACAAUGGUCUGACUGUACCAGACUAUCAUUCUGCUAUAGGAUAAAAAACACUUCUUUUUAUUUCUUAGAACUAAAUACAGUCAUCUUGGCCGGUGCUCCGCCUCAUGCACGGAGUCGGCAUUAUCAUCACAAGAAAAGCACUCAGAGGGCCCAGUACUCUACCAAGGCCACUCAGUUGUAUCAUUUCCAAUGAAUGAAAUCUUUAAGAAAAAAUUACCUUUUGUUUAGCACAGGCGUGUGUUAUGCAUGCUUAUGUAAUGUAUGGAUACUGAAUCAUGUGACCUAAAUAUGCAGCAGGUGACAGUAUUUGAUGGGACUCAGAAACACCCCCACAAUUUAAUCAAUUGUUCCUUGUAUCAUUUCAGAUGGAUAAGUCCCGAUAAGUCUGAGACGAUCGAUUUUUAGUAGGAUCACAAUCAUGUGAUCAUUAGCAGGCAGCUGACGCAGUGUUCACUUGUUACCAUAGUUACAGUGACGCCAUGCCGCUAUCUCAGAAUGAUACAGAAAUCUUUAACAAAUUAGCAGAUCCAGACUAUAAGCCGCAUCACUGCCAAAAUCUAAUCACUUGGUCCUUGUGUCAUUUCUGACCUUCCCUGAAAAUUUUAUUCAAAUACUUUACUCCGUUUUUGAGUGAUGUUGCUAACAGACAGACAGACAGACAGACGUACGCCAAUCGUCACAUAACUCCGCUGCAUUUAUUGACAGAGUAAAAUGGUUAAUUCGCUAAAAAAACAAGCAGACCUGCCUUAGUGCAUGAGCCAGAUCUUUGGUAAAACCUAAACAUUUCAGCUUUACGUUGCUGCUUAGAGAUUUUUCUUUCUCAUUGCUGAGGGGAUUUUGAAAACAGUAACAUGCAGCUAUAUGAAGUAAUAUUAACAUGCUACAGAAACGUCUUCAGCUAGAGAAUAAGACUACACGACCAAUACAAUCUGCCAAGUAUUUUCCUGAUAGUUGUUGAGUCUCUAAAAUGCCAGAAUAUUGUGAAAAAUGUUGUAAUUUCUGACAAACCAGUUGCUUGUUUCUUUGGAAUCAACAGUGAAAACCUCUUGAAGUUAAGGUGUGUUCCAUUUGAAACAGGAAUUCUCAGUUCACAGUUGGAAACUUCAACUGGAAUUCCCUCUGUAGUUGAAUUUCUGACUUGAAAGUUGUAAUAAUCCCACAAACCCAUCCAUCCAUCCAUCCAUCCAUCUGUCCAGUUUCUUCUACUUGACCAGGUUAGGCUUAUGGUGGCAGCAGGUUAAUUGAGGGUAUUUCCAAUAUCCAUCUCCCCAGCAACAUUUUCCAGCUCCUCCAGUGGGAUCCUAAGGUUUCCUAGGCCAGAUGGGAUAUAUAAUCACUCCAGUAAACUCUAGGUCUACCCUUGGGUCUCCUUCUAGUUGCCUGGAAAACUUCCAAAGGAAGUCGCCCUGGAGGUAUCUUGAUCAGAUGCCAAAACCACCUCAGUUGGCUUCUUUUGACACAACGGAGCAAAGACUAGACUCUGAGCUCCCUCGGAAUGUCUGAACUCCUUACCCUAUCUCUAGGACUGAGACCAGCCGUCCUAAUCUCGAUCUGUUGGUCACUCCAGAACUCAUGACCACAGGUGUGAGAGUUGGAACAUAGAUCGAGUGGGAAAUCAAGAUCUUCGCCUUGCAGCUCAACUCCCUGCAUCAACCUGUUGCUCCAUUUUACAUUCACUGCUUAACAAGAUCCCAAAAUACUUAAAUCACAAACCCUGACCUCAAAAUCCAAAAUGCUCAGCACAUCAACUGCAGGAAAAACUGCAGUUGUAUAUUGUUUAUUUGCACUCCUGUCUUAUUUAUGUGCCAUUAAAUCGGUCAGUUGUUACACUGUUUGUAUGCACAAAUUACAGCGUAAAGCAGAAUUACUUUGUAUAGAUGCAGUUUUUUCAAUGGGUGGUGUCCAUUUUGAUUUCCCAACUUCUUGUAAACAUCAGAUGUAAAAGGAACACAGCACUACUAUUAAAAUAUGCACAUUUGAGAAGCUGAAACCACUAAAUAUUUAACUUCUUCACUUGAAAAAUCACCAAAAGGUUGAACUAAUUUUCAAAACGGUGGCUGAUUCAUUUUCUGACGUUCUGGUUCAUGAAUAGACCAGUUGUUGUUGACUGAAACACAACAUUUUCUUCACUAGAAGACACUAUUUUAUCUCUACCAAGAGUAGGAAAAGGUUUGAAACCGAAAGGCAUUCUGGGAAAUGUAGGAAAUCACCACUUGAAGCACAAAUGCACGAGUCACAAGAAGCAGAAAAAGUCACAGGCAGAUGAUGUUAUUGAAUAUCUUUUGGUGGAUUUUUUUUAACCUUUUUCUAUUUUCUUGUUUGUCUUCUGAACGUGUGACACAAAAAAACUAGUGUAGUCCAUCUUGGUGUGAGAUUUGUUCAGAAACUCAUCUUGAUCUGUUAUGAUGGACAGAAAGGCCUAAUUUGCACACAAUUAUGGAAGAAAAAUGAUGAUUGUGACUCUUUGACACCAAUAACUACAGCCUAAUGUAGGUUUUAUGCAAGUACUGUAUUAGUUUUAAAGUCGGAGUACAUCAUGUUGCACUAGUGUUGACAGGUGUCUCUGUUUUUUGCUUUUUAAAGAAGGGAAAAAUUAGUACUUGAACAUGCAAAGAGUACUUGAAAAAAUAGAGUUUUUUUUUUAUCGUAACUUGCUGAGAUUUUAAUUUGUCUGGCAAAAUACGUCCAACAGAUCACAUCAGUUAACAAUAUUGUACUAUUUUACCCAAUUAUGGGGAAAAAAAUCCAUAGAAAACAUUAAAAGCACAAAGAUUUUGUCCAAUAAAUGACUGUUUUUGAGUUGUUUUUCUGGACACCCUGAUCACAGAAUCACCGCCUCACAUGAGCUGUUAUUUAUAGAGAGUGUUUAUUAAAUGAAUACUAAGAUAUAA